GUCAAAGGUUCAAAUUUCAUCUGAUCGAACAAAACAACCGGAGUUCUAAUAUAGUUAGUAUCGUUUUGGCUUCUCAUUGCAAAUCGAAGGUGGUGACAGUUAUCAAAAUGGCGCUAAGAACGCGUUCCAGUCGAGAACGGAUUGAUGAUGACGACACACCAUCAGAUCCAUAUCGUCAUCUCGUGUUGCUGGUAACAUUUCUCUUUCUCGUUCUUGAAGCUGGUAUUACCAAAGCGUUUGGAGUUCUUGUCACACCAAUGGUUUUCCAGCUAGACAGCAAUUUUGCAACUGUUGGCGUCAUAUUUUCUUUACCGUGGACAGUGGCACACUUUGGCGCGGUAUUCGUGAAGCCACUGGCCAGUAACAUUGGUCUAACCAAGAUAUCAACAGCUGGGGGGUUGAUAGCUGGAGUUGCCAUAACAACGUCCUCCUUCGCACGUACAAUCUCGGCUCUAGGAAUCCUCUUCUUUCUAUUUGGUAUUGGUCAAUGUAUGGUAUUAGUUCCAGCAAUCAUCUGUUUACAUGGUCACUAUAAAGGAGAUUUCGCAUUCGCCAGCUCCUUUGUCUUUAUGGGUUCCCUAACAGGAAUUCUCAUCUUGCCCAUCCUAACGAAUGUCCUCCUCGAAGCCUACGGACCACACCAAGCCCUUCUCGGCUUAGGUGGCCUUUGCCUUAACAUGUUACCAUUUGGUCUUGUCUUAAAAUUGCCAGAGAAAAGGCAAAAGAGACCACCUGCGCCAGCAUGUGAACAUCUCUUGGAGGUCAUGGGUACUGAUUCUUUAUCUGACAAAGAAUUUGCUUCGGGUGAAAAUGUAAAUAAAACCAGCCAGUGCCAUGAUCUGUCUGAAAACACUGAAUAUUCCUCCAACCUCAAACAUAAGAGCACAGAUCCAAAUGCUGACAUCGAUCGGUAUCUCGUCGGCAUACGAAGACGAUUCUUGGGACUGCUGUCAGAUCUAAAGACAUUCCUUCAAGAAGCAAGGUUUUUCGUGGCUUUCAUUUUGCCAUGCGAUACCCUGGCUGUAUUUACUGUCAUCAGCUGGACCAUUUUCAUCGUACCCUUUGCAAUCUCUGUCGGAAUCCCUGAAUCCAAAGCAGUCUUCGUGGGUACUAUGGGAGGUGUCGGAGGCCUGGUUGCGAGGAUUUUAAGCACUGUCAUCUUGUAUUUUCAUCCGACCUGGGUGUCUGGUCAAUACAUUGUGUUCUGCUCCUUGACAUCGCUGAUGUUCUUCAUUCAACCCUUGAGGACGACUUACUCCUACUUCCUUGUCUGUUCCUUCUUCUUGGGCUUUGGUCUUUAUGGCAGCUCUUGCCUUAUUGAAGCAUUGAUUGCCAACGUCGUCAAGCCAGAUGUGUUUCCCGCAGCGAUGUCUAUCUCGUAUCUUUGCAAAGGCGUCAGUGCAGUCCUGACUGCUUACAUUACUGGAUUGCUGUACGAUCUGACGCAAUCCAUCGAGAUACAAUUUUAUAUUCUCGGCGUCUUGCAGGCGAUCUGUGUCGGCAUCUUUAUCUCGCUACUAGUCAUCAAGAAGCGAUCAGGAAGUACCCGAAGCAGAGAAUUUUAAUGAUGCAUCAAAAUAAUUUUUUUUUGCUUUGACUGUAAAAAAUGAAUGAGUGAUAAGCCUAUUUGCAUGAUUUGUAAACCAGAGCCAAAGUUACUAUAAUAUAAAUUUGCUAUCCAAUGGUAUCCUGAAAUCCUCGGUUCUGAUUGGAUAAUUAGCAUUGUCAACAUGGCAGUUACCAUUGGAUGGCAAAGUUACUUUUAUUUUUAUGUAACGGGGCCCUGUGAGAACAUUGGAAGGUAUAAGAGCAUCGAAAAGGGGACUAGUUUUAUACAGCCAGAUGUCGUUGGCGUCUUUGAGAAAAGAGGUCGCCCUUUCCAUGCUUUCAGUCCUGAUAACAUUUCUCGUAAGGAUUAUGGUUGCAAACUUGGUUAUGCGGAUUACUUCAUUUAUGUCUUGAGUGAAAUGUUUGAACUGGUUUUAUGAAUUUCUGAGCUUGACAAUGUAGAGUUUUCGCUAUCACGACGCGGCCGCUUUCUACCACGCACCAAUCCCUGUCACAUUGGAGAGCUGGGAGGCUUUUGUCGAAAAUUGGUGGACCGGGACAGCAGAUCAUUCGAUGAUCUGCACCGGACGAACAAUUGUAAAUAUGUCAUUGUCCAGAGUCACGAGACGACGCUGCUGUCCCGGUGCACCAACUUUCGACAAAAGCCUCUCAGCUCUCCAUUAUUUAUGAUUUGACUUGCAUUUUCAAAGGAAUUGGUGUGUGGUAGAGAGUGGCCGCGUAGUGCUUGCGAAGACUUUGAUCGGGUCCAUUUCGAAAGCUCAUUUAUCGGAUGCUGUCUCCUGGAAAUAGCACCCAUUAUGAUGAUUAUAUUCUUCACUUGUCGAAUAUGCUACUUCUGUAAUGAUACAUGCCUAUAUAAUCUAUUUACUGAAUUCUAUAUAUAUCGUUUAUGUAUUAAAAAAGGAUUAUUCUUAUAUUUGA